CUGAGGGGGCGUCCCCACUACUCCAAGUCUGUGACAUUAGCAGCAGUGUCACCUUCACAUCGACAGUGGGCGUGGUCUACACAGGGCCUGCCUUUGUGUGCCCCGCCCCCACCUUGCCUGACUCGAUGCCACACGAAUAUCCCCCGGUGUUUCCUGUGGAGCUGCUGGUGCACACCCUGAGCAGGACCCGGAUUUUGGUCCUUGACCAUGUUGAGCAGAGCUUCAAAGACCUCCCAGGCUUGGUUGAGGCCAUGGUGAAGGAAAGGAAAGAGUCAGUCCGAUUGGAGCAGGAACUCCAGCUGAAAAGUGAAUACAUCAGGACCCACAUUUACGAGCCCCGCCUCGCUGAGCUGCAGCUCCAUCAACAGCAUGUGGACGACCACUGUCAGGACAUGUUGCACAUUUUAGCCUCCUGCAAAGAAGAGUUUCAGGGUCUUCAAAAAUCUCUCCAGGAGGAGAACUUGGAGUUUUUGAAAGUUUUGAACUCGCACAGCAGGGAGCUGCAGGAGCUAAAGGCCUCCAUCCAGAAGGAUGCCCAGGAUGGCCUACACAUGGCGCUCACCAGCUGCAACCGCCUGGACGCUUUUGGGUCCACCCUGCGGUCCUGCCUGGAGCAGCAUGCUGCUGACAUCCAGAGCCGUAAGGAGAACUUCAGACUGUCGAUUCAAAGCAGAAUGGAGGAGGUCAGAAGAAGAACAUCACACCUUCUAAAGUCUUUCAGGAAGUUCCAUGAAGGACGAAGUUUUGCUCCUAGGGAGGUAGAAAAGCUUCAGGGGAGCCUGCAGAAGAAAACCAGGCAAAUUUCUGCAGCAGAGCAGAAAAUAUACAAGAAACUGAUGGUUUUUGAGCCUGAAAGUUCAGACCAGGUGAGGAAGGCUUCGACUUCCCUAGAGGACGAGUUUUCUUCCCUGCAAACUGAGGUGAAAUUCAAUGUGAAGAUCCAGGAAAUCAUCAGCAGGACACAAAUUAAGAUCAGGGCUGAGGAGGCCAAAAGCAACCAGCUGCAGUCUGAGCUUAUGAACAACCUGAAGGAACUAAGGAGGAUGAUGAAGAAAAAUCCGGUGUCACCAGAACAGAUUUGUUCAUUCAUUUCUUCCACUAAUGAAGGAAUCAAGAAGCAUUGCCUCUACCUGGGUUUUGAUCUGUCCGGGACGCUGAGUCCUGAGUCCAGGCAGCCGGUCCAAAGUGGUUCCCUGAAGCUGAGUGGGAUGGAUUUGGACCUGCCAGCUGCUGUCAGGUCUGUAGAGCGACUGAUAGUGAGAGCAGAAUCACAAAAUGUGGAUGAAUGA